AUGAUGAUGCGCUACGUGCUGUGUAUCCUCGCUCUCCUGCUCUCAUGUGCGUGUGUGCACGUCCUCGCUGAAGAAGUGCCUGCCGCCGAUCUUUCCGACCAAGUCCCUGAUACGGAGAGUGAGACAAAGAUUCUUCUUACUUGUCCUGCUGCUGGUGCUGGUGAUGCUUCUGCAGGUGGCAACCUUCCUUGUCAAAAGGAACAAUGUGAUUCACCGCCUGGUAAAGGUGGAGAGGUUAUCUGCAAACCACAAGCCAAAGCGGUGCAACUACCUGCAGAAGAAGCUAAAGGGGCUCCUCAGCCUGCUGCUGGUGGUGGACGUUCUGGUUCUGAUGUAACUUCAGUAACGCUGGAAGAUGUUCUCGUAACAACACAAUGUGCAACAGCAAAAACUGAAAAAGAGAGACAAAACUGCGACGCCCAAGUCAAGGUGGAGAAUGAAGAAGCUGCGCCUGCUGCUGAUCUACAAGGUACCAUUACACUUGGGCCAAGUCAUCAAGGUGGAAAAAAAGCGGAAACUCACGACAAAACGUCACAUUCAACUGAAGCUUCUUCUUCACCAGGGCUUCAAUCUUCUUCACUUUCUGAAGAACAGAGAAAAGGUAGUGGAACAUUAUCUUCACGUGGUUCAGAUGAGAGAGCAACAGAACAGGAUAGCACUAAUAAUAACGAUACCCGUCCAACUGAAGAAUCGCAAGUGCAAGAGGAAGGAAGACAACAAGGAAAUACAAAUGAAGUACAACCGCCUUCUUCUGGACCCAGUACAAGUAGUACUAACACUCCUGAGAAGAGUAGCACGCAGGAACAGACAUCUGACACUCAGGGAUCUCAACCGAAUAAUGGUGCACGUGACACCAACAACUCAGAGAAUACAGACUCUGCCGCUCCCAAUACACCCAAUAAUGAGGAAUCAACCUCAACCACCACAACACCCACCACCACCACAACCUCAACCACAACAACACUUCCUCCUGAACUCACAAACAACAAGAAGGGUGAUGCAGACAGCAGCAGCAGUAUCAGCAGUUCUGUGUGGGUGCGUGUGCCACUACUGAUUGUGGUUACACUGGCCUGUAUUCUUGUGUGCUGA